UAUUCCAACUAAGCAAAACCAAAAGUUCAUAAAGCUGCAAGAAAGAUAGAUAUUGCAGCAGGUAUAAUGAGGAGGGUGCAGACCCACGUUAGCAGAAUUUCAUGAGUGCAAAAGAGACAAUCAGAUAAUACUAUCCUUUUCACUCUUAUGCAAUUCUGCUUUCGAUUUCACGCUUAUGGACUGCACACCCUGCUACAUAGAACUGUGUUGGAUUAUGGUGUGAUUGUAUUUUUACCCAUAUACAAUAUAUAAUAUUACAGUGAGGUUGAAAACAACGUUUGGAAUAAAUUAAUAAUGGACAUUAAAUUUUGUUUCAAGAUUAUGAGUGUUUUGUAAUUAAUAAAAAAUGUCAGUCAAUUUAUAAAAGAUUUAUUUAUGUUUGCUGUAUAGUCAUUACUACAUUUUAGAUUAUAAUUACAACAAUGGGUAAUACAUUAAAUGUUGCAUCUGUAAAUGCAGCGGAUUUGAUAUAUCCAAUCACUGAACAAACUGCACCACACCAUAAAGUUCAUGAGAGAAGAAGUUUCAAUCAAGAAAUUCCUCCUGAGUGUCCUAUGCACAAGGAACAACAACCUAAGAAAAAUGUUAGCGAGUGUCCCAUGAAUCAUGGCAAAGAUUCCGACAUAAAUCCUCUCAAUAUGAUGCCAGCUGCAAACCAACAACCUGCACCAGAUCAGCCGUUUCCUCUGCCGAUUGAGAGACAAAUUUCAACUAUACCAAAGGUUUCUGAAGAAGGCGAAUUCUGGGUCUAUCCCUCGCAGCAAAUGUUUUGGAAUGCCAUGUUGAGAAAAGGUUGGCGGUGGAAGAGUGAUGACUUGUCUCCGAAAGACAUGGAUGACAUUAUUAAAAUUCACAACGCUAACAAUGAACACGCGUGGAUGGAAGUCUUGAAGUGGGAAGCUCUACAUGCUCGCGAGUGCAUGACCCCGAAGCUGAAGAGCUUUGGAGGGAAGGCGAAAGACUAUUCUCCUCGGGCGAGAAUCCGCCACUGGAUGGGGUACGAAUUGCCUUUCGAUCGGCAUGACUGGAUCGUGGACCGCUGUGGCAAGGAAGUGCGAUACAUUAUUGACUACUAUGACGGUGGAUCCAUUGACGACAAGUACACGUUCGCCAUUCUGGAUGUGCGGCCGGCUAUGGACUCUUUCGAGAACAUUUGGGAUCGCAUGAAAGUCACUUGGUGGCGAUGGAGAUACAGUAACGAAGCUGAGCAGUCUGUUCAAUGAGACGUACAUUCUAUCCAUUAUGUAUAAUAAAGAAUAGUAUUUUCGUUGAACCAACCCUCCGAAGAAUUCUACCUCUUCUUCUUUAUUUAUAUUUUUCAUUUUCGACUGUAAACGCCAAAGCACAUUUCGAGUAUUUGAAAGGUUUAAAAUUUAGCUUCAAUUUUAGUCCAAUGUUAAUAAUUGUAGAACCAAUUUGCUAAUAGUUAUUUCUGAAUAGUAAUACAAUCGACUCCUUUGCGCCAAUGAUGCGAACAAAAUGUCAGUUGUAAAGUACAUUCAACCCCAAAGACACUCAAGUCGAAUUGAGAUCAACCUUGGCGCACGGAUUGUCUGAUGGCUAAGGGUACGUCUCCGAAUAUUAAUUUCAUUUGGUGAAUUUUUCUACUUGAAGUAUAAAAAAUUCUAGUGUGAAUAUAACAGGAGAGAAAAGAAUGUCCAAAAAAUGUCUACGAAUAGGGAAAAAUAAUUAAAAAUUGUUCAAUCGGUGAGAAAUACAGAUUUUAAAAAUUUUUUAAACAAA